UGCUUUCCAGGAGGACUUUACAUAACUUCUGAAUCAAAAGAGGAUCACAUUCAUUUUCUGGUCUUCACAGAUGUCUGUGGUAACAGAACGUAUGGUGUUGUUGCUCAGUAUUACCAACCUAUGCAAGAUGGUUAUAUCUCUUCAAAUGGGCAGGCCCACAGGGAAUCUAUGCAGACUGCUAAAGCUUUUGGCUGCUUCGUACCAUUUGCUAUUUGUGUCAUAUCCAGAUAUCCAUAUUUUAAUGCCCUUAAGGACUGUCUUUCUUGCUUACUGGUACAUCUGAGACCUCUCAAGGAUUUAGACGUUGAUGAUCGUAUAAAAGAAUUUGCAGCAAAAUUAUCUUUAAUACCUACUCCUCCACCAGGAACACUCCACUUGAUAUUUAAUAUGAAACCACUACAGAUAGUCUUUCCAUCACGGGAGGAUCCAGACAGCCCAAUUAUUGACUUGAAUCUUCAUCUUCCAUUACUAUGUUUCAAACCAGAACAUGUGCUACAGAUUAUAACUUGCAUCUUAACGGAGCAAAGGAUUGUUUUCUUUUCUUCUGACUGGGCCCUGCUAACACUCAUAGCUGAAUGCUUCAUGUUGUACCUUCAUCCUAUUCAAUGGCAACACACUUUUGUACCUAUUCUAUCUCGUCAGAUGCUGGAUUUUGUAAUGGCCCCAACGUCUUUUCUUAUGGGAUGUCACAUUGAUCAUUUUGAAGAAGUUAGCCAGGAAGCUGAAGAUUUAAUUCUAAUCAACAUUGAUAAUGGAGACAUUACACAUUCAAAAUCAUCUGUAGAUGAGGCGGUAAUUCCAGAUGUCCCUUCAGAAGCAGCAGAAAUAUUUAUAAAAAGAGUUGAGAGCCUUCAAUUGCAUUAUGAUCUAGAACUCUGUCACCUCAGCUCCAAUACAGACUUUAUUGAACUACAAAUGCGCAGGAGGGCUUGGCAGCAAAAACUGAAUGCUGAAAUUCAGCAAAUUACUUUGCAGUUAAUUGUCAACAUCUUCAGGGAGGUAAAGGAUCAUCUAAAUUAUGAACACAGAGUGUUUAAUAGCGAAGAGUUUCUGAAAACAAGGGCACCAGGGGAUCAGCCAUUUUACAAAAAGGUGUUAGAGACCCAUAUAUUUCACUCGUUUCUUAAAGCUCGUCUGAACAGAAAGAUGGAUGCUUUCGCUCGUCUUGAGUUGAGCACUCAGUCUGAAGAAGAUAGACUAAAUUCAAUGCUUGAGAGCCCAAGAAGACUGACUGUGGAGAAAAUGGCUUCUAAAAGAUUUAACCCUCAGUAUAUGAUUAGUAAACGUAUGGUAAUAAGUAUGCCUAAUCUACAAGAUAUUAAGCCUCAUGAUAGUCCUGCUAGGACUUCAUCACUCCGAAGAUCAGAGACAGAGCAUGCUGUAAAAUUGUCAUCUAAAUCAAUUAGUACGUUCAGGAUCCCAGAAAUUCACUUUCCUCUGUUGAAUCAGUGUGUUCACACCUACUAUACAGAUUUUAUCAAUCAUCUCACCAGAGCUAUAAAUAUUUUACAACAUGAUAACUCAGCACUGCUGGCAAGAUAUUUCUACCUUCGGGGACUUAUUGGUUUGAUGCAAGGGAAACUACUGGAUGCGCUUUCAGACUUUCAGAAUCUAUAUAAAACCGACAUAAGAAUUUUCCCUACUGAUCUUGUGAGGAAGAUGGUGGAAACUAUGCCUCCUUCUGAACGUUCCCUAGCGGAGCGCAAACCCGAGUUGAAGAGGUUGAUCCAUCAAGUGAUGGAAAAACAAAGAGAAGUUACAAAAGUAGAUGACCAUGUAAAAAAUUUUAAAUUACCAAAAACACACAUGCAGUUGGACGAUUUUGUGAAGCGAAUCCAAGAAUCUGGGAUUGUCAAAGAUAUAGACACAAUACACCGGCUAUUUGAUGCCUUAACAGUAGGACACCAGAAACAAAUUGACCCUGAAACAUUCAAAGAUUUCUACAACUACUGGAAGGAAACAGAAGCAGAGGCUCAAGAGGUUAAUUUGCCACGCACUGUACUAGAGCAUUUAGAUACAAAUGAAUGUGUCUACAAGUUAUCCUGCUCAGUUAAAACUACUUAUGGAGUAGGAAAAAUAGCAAUGACCCAGAAGCGCUUGUUCCUUUUGACUGAAGGAAGGCCUGGCUAUGUUGAGAUCACAACUUUCAGGAAUAUAGAGGAUGUUAAAAGUACUACUGUAGCUUUCCUUCUUCUGAGAAUACCCACUCUGAGGAUUAAGUCCCUGUCCAAAAAGGAAGUCUUUGAAGCUAACCUUAAGACAGAGUGUGAUCUUUGGCACUUGAUGGUGAAAGAGAUGUGGGCUGGGAAGAAAAUGGCAGAUGAUCACAAGGAUCCUCAAUAUAUUCAACAAGCCCUGACCAAUGUCCUCCUGAUGGAUGCUGUAGUGGGUGCACUGCAUUCCUCCAAAACCAUUUAUGCUGCUUCCAAACUAUCUUACUUUGACAAGAUGAAAAAUGAAGUGCCCAUGAUGGUCCCAAAAACUACAUCAGAAACACUAAAGCACAAGAUUAAUCCCUCAAUUGGCGAGACUUUUCCACAAGCAGUAGACGUCUUGCUCUAUACACCAGGGCACCUCGAUGCAGGAGAUAGAAUUGAAGAUGCCCGUCCAAAGUUAUGGUGUGCUUUAGGUGAGGGGAAGGUGAUUGUGUUUGAUGCAUCUACCUGGACUAUUCAGCAACACUGUUUUAAAGUGGGCAGCUCUAAACUGACUUGCAUGGUAAUGGUAGAGCAGAGCCAAGUAUGGAUCGGUUCUCAAGAUGCCAUUAUUUAUAUAAUCAACACCCAUAGUAUGUCUUGCAAUAAGCAACUAAAUGACCACCGCUCUCAUGUUAUGGACAUCAUUGUAGAGAACAGGAACAGUGUAUCCAGCGAAGCAUAUUCAUGCAGUUUAGAUGGGACAGUGAUUGCUUGGAACAUUAGCACUUUGAAAGUAAACCGUAGACUUCAACUGCCCUGCAAAGAUCUUUUUUCUGUCAAACUCCAUGACAACCGUCUUUGGUGCUGUACUGGAAGUGGUAUACUCGUAGCGACAACUAAUGGGUCUCCUCGGCAAGAAAUGAAAAUUGAAGAGAAUCCGAAGGAUGUUUGUUCGUAUUUUUGCUGUUUCCAGCUGUUUCCUGAGGGGGACCAAGUAUGGACGUCAUGUUCAGGAAGUAGUGACCUGUAUAUUUGGAAUGCAACAGAUCUCUCCAGAACGCCUCAAAAGAUUCAUCUUCAAGACUGUUCUGAGAUUACCUGUAUGAUAAAAGUAAAAAAUCAGAUCUGGAUUGGCAGCAGAGGAAUAUCCCAGGGCAAAACCAGGGGAAAGAUCUACGUGAUAGAUGCUGAAAAGAAAACUGUGGAGAAGGAGUUGGUGGGCCAUGCUGAUACAGUGAAGGCACUGUGCUCUGCAGAGGACAGAUAUGUUCUUAGUGGUUCUGGAAGGGAAGAAGGGAAGAUUGCUAUUUGGAAAGUUGAAUAGAUUUAACUUUUCCAAGUGUGUGCAAAUACCAUUGUUGGAAAACUUACCAGUUUGGAUUUUGUUACUCCAACUUCACCCUUCAGAUGUCGUUAACAAUGCAUCAGUGUUAUUUUUAAUUUAUUAGUAUAAUUAUUUCAGUGGUAACUACAUUAUUGUAGUAUAUAGAAACAAAAGGGAAUUUCUGUUUGCACUCUGUCAUGAUUAGCCGCCACCUGCACACUCAGUGAGGAACUGGAAGACUGAGUAGAGAAAUCACUAGAUUUUUAAACCUCGGCGAUUACAUUUUACAAACAUUGUCAUGAAAGGUCAAGACUAUGGGCCAAGUUCUUUGCUAGGGUAAAUUGACUUCAAUGAAGCUGAACCAGCAGAGAGUAUUGCUCAAUAAUUCAGUUUGAGCUAGUUCUUAAAGAUACAUAUAAGUAUCAUCCUACAAAAUAAUAAUUUUGAUAUCUUGACAGCUGGGAAUGUUCGUUUGGAAAAAUAUUAAAUGUGACUGAUUCAUCAUGAGUGAUAGAAUCACUGUCAAUUCAAAGUAUCUUUCUAAACUGGCAGCCCGAUUAACACAAGGAUGACUUUCCAUUCCCGCUGUAUCUAUAUUUAUGGUGCAUUAUUUAAAAUGCUGACUUUCCCUAAUAGCACUUGUAGUCUACUGGUGUGCCAAGAGACUUGGAUAUUUCCAGUUACGGCAACUUGAAGAAGUAAGUAUUCCUUUAAAAAACAAGCGUCGAAUAUUUGGGAUCUGCCAAGUUCUUAGGAAUGGAACCAUUGCUGUGGUAGUUCUGUCUUUGGCAAAUUUAAUUUCAAUAUAUUAUAUGCUUGCUAGUGGCAGCACCAUUGGUUGGAGCUAUGCAAACAAACCUCACCCCAAUAUCACGCCAUUAACUGGGACUGCCCAGAUAGCUUAGACUGUUAUGACUUCUUGGCCCAAAAGACCCUCCAUAAUUUAGAUUUGUGUAUGUCCUUGAACUCUAGCCAAUGGGGAAGUGCCUUGCAAAUCAUAAAAAAAAAAUCUACUGUUGAUCUACAAUUAAGGCUGAUUUGGCAGAAAAAAUAUAUAUUUUGUCCAUACUUGUCUCCCGGAGCCAUAGAGGCUAACAUGUUUUGGGACUGUCCCAGGAUACAAUCCUUUUGGCUACAAGAAGGCCGGAGGAUUAAUAUGAUAUUGGAUACCUCCAUAAAAAUUACUUCCAAGAGCUGUGUUUUGGGAUAUAGCCCAUUAUCUUGGAAACAUCCCAGCUUCACAGAAUGCUUGGCUCUCCAGAGCACUGCUUGUAGACAAA